UGGCAGUCAGUCAGUGUCCUGCUGGCUCUUGGUAAGGCGGGAGACCAGCGCCCUGCGAUCCUGCUACGCGUUCACCCUGUCUUGUCUUCCCUCCAGCGAUCGGCACCCGAAUAUUGUAUUUCGGUUCAUGAUAUGCAGCGAGAUAUACAGGUGUUGAAAGCAUUUUCGAACCCGGGAAGAUACGCUCAGUAAGAAUUCACCGUAAGAACAUAUUUUAAUUCAUCACCAGUGGAAUUGUGUUCCUUGAAAAACUUUUAAAUGGUAAACCGCGAGCUGAUGAAGGUGAAUGACAUGUGUUCAGUUCCCUGAUGAGCCGAGAGCAAAACAAUAAGCAUCAGGUUACUGAAUGAUAAACGCUGAUAUAUCUAUGAAUCGUGAAGGACAUUUCGAUCAGUUUAGCCUCAUAUCAAUGUCACCUGACAGAUACUAACUCAUCUUGUUUAAUGAAGUUCGGUUAUUGUUAACUACUUUUCAUCUUUGCAAUUACAGAGAAAAGACCAGAAUUCAUUAGUAGUCUACAAUUACAUAAUUUGGGAAUAUAGACAGAAGUAACGAAAGCUCUAUGGAAGUUGAUAUAACCGAAAAAUAAAGUUUGUCAUAUAAUUCGACAUUUCUUAUCAGAUAUAUAAUAUAAAAAUGUGCUGAUAAUAAUAUAUAACAGAAUCAAGGCAUUGAAAAAAGUGGAAGGAAUAAUAAUUAAUCGAUUAUUUAUUUUUCGAAAUUUUGAAAUACUCUGGUAAAUCGAAAUAAAACUGAGUAGCCGCGUGCCUCCUGAGAGAGACAAUUCACAAUCCAUUCCCUCAAUUCUGCUUCGCAGAUUUGACACGUGAACGUGUCGAGAAAAGUGCCCAAGGAGAGAGAGAGAGAGAAUAGUUUGCAGGAACUCUGAAAGAGAAUCGUCUUGACUGUGAAAGCCCGACUGGAAAAGCGCGCGCGUGCCAGAUAGUGCGGGAACGCAACUGGUGAGGGAUACCUGUCUCAUUCUCGCGUCGUUCACACCUCCUGGGUCGAGUACGAUAUGGCUAUCCUGACUUCCUGUUGCUGCUGCAGGUCGGUUAGGAGAGGAAGUUACGCUUGUGCAAUAUACUCCAUGUUCUAUUACGUGAUUUUAGCCUUGACGUUAUAGCAGUCGCUGCAGUUCCGAGGCGGCGAAGAGAAAGCGGUCCACGACAGCGUCCUCAUCGGAGAGGAUCGGUAUCACCAUCAUUACUCAGUGGUAGGGUACCUGAGAAUGGUGAUGCUCACCCUCUCCCUCGCUGGACCUUUCACCUGCAUCUUGAUGAUCAUCGGGUUGUGCUGCGACAUCAGAUUCAUGCUCCUUCCAUGGCUGGUGGACGCUGUGUUGGUCAUCGCUUUCGAUUUGAUAUUCGUAGCUUACGUCAUUUAUCAGGAACAUACGAACAUCAAUCCAGUUAUGGCUCUGACGUUCACCUUUGAAUUCUUCUCUUUGGUCUUAAAUAUAUAUGCUGUACUUUGCGUCAUAUCUCAGUACCAGGAGUAUCUGGAGGGCCGGGGAACCGCCAGAGACGAGGGCUCGAGAUCGCCACCUGUCAUCCGGUUCAGCCGUCGGUCAACUCUGAACAGCGGGAUGGAUAGCACCCGGCGGACAGUCACAUUCCUGGAACAAGGGGUCAUUACAAAUGGCAUCUCCCCUACUCAUAAUUCUCACGUCUCCAGGGCUCCAUCCAUAGUUAAAAAGGGCGGUCUUUGCAGCGACAGAAUAAACUCCGACCACGCUGCAAAUACUCUUACCGUCUCCGGUCCUAAUGGCACAAGACUUUCCAGAAGUGUCAAGAAGCAUGUCCAGUUUCCAGCAGAGACGAUAGAAGAGUCCGAGACAUCUGAGGGAGACAAUUGUGAAAUUUUCGCCUCGACGCUAGAAAACAAAGUCAAAAAUCCUCACCUGAGCUUACCCACUGAGUCACUAACCAAAGAUCGAGGGAAAAACAGCAUCGAUUCUUGUAUCAACGAAGACCCAAGAAAAGAUUCCGAGGCCCCCUGCAUCUCGUCACCUCACGGGGACGAUGCUACUCUUCUCAUUAAAGCGGAAGGAUCGGGCGAAGUGACCAGAUAUUGAUGGAGCAAAGCCCCUCUGGACUGCCUUAUGAUCCAAAUAGUAGUUUCUAGUCAGGUGAACGUCAUCUCACUAAGAACUUAAACCCUCUUAGUCAGAAGAAAGAGAACUCAAUGAAGUGCGAGAUUUAGAAACUGGUGCAGGGAAAGCUCUAACAAAGUCUGUGCCCUUUGCCAUGGUGGAAGUCGAAAGCAGAGCUUUUCUUAUACAGUAUCUGUUCCGAGAUUUGAAUGAUUCAGUAGUCUAUGACUUUCUGAUUGUUCAGUGAGGUUCUAUCAUUUCCUUUCUGUACACGCACAAUUGGUAAUGGAUCCGUUUCCUUCAGGGCAGAAUGUUUUUGUAUAGUUAUAUGUACUCAAAUUUCUUUUACCGCGAAUUUCAUUUUAUGUUGUGUUGUCAGUGGAAGUUCAUUUUAAGCUGUGUUGUCAGUGGAAGUAAGCGA